AUGGCUGACGCCCCGGUCAAGCAGGUUGUCGCGGCCGAGGGCUGCACGGGCGCCACGGUCACGGCAGCCAACUCGCAGGCGGCGGCGUUGGGCGCUGCCGCAGCCUCCGCAAUCGCUGCUGCCUUCAGUGCGAAUCCAUCGCCGCUCGGCACCCGGCACCCGGCACCCGGCGGUGCGAAAGUUGCGGGCGCAUCGCGGUGCGCAGCGGUAGCCGCUCCUCCUGCGCUGCAGCGAGCGGGCGCCGCCCCGACGCAGGCUCCUCCCGCGCCGCUCUGCGUCGGGGCGGCGAAUCCCGCGCCGCAGUGCGCCACGGCGGGCUACCUGCCUCGCUGCGUCCCUGCACAGCUGGCGCCGCAGUGCAUGGCGGCGGUGCCCUCGAUGGCCUUCUGCCCGUCGCAGUACCCGCUGCAGCUCGGCCCGGGGGGGUACAUGGGAGGCGCGCCCGGGAUGGGCGUGCCGGCUGGAGGCGUGCCUCGGGGCGGCGCGAUGCCGCUCGGCCACCCGUGCUGCGGCGCCGCAGACUCGGCGAUGCGAGACGGGCACGCGGCUAACCAGCGCGGCGACUACGCGGCGGCGCGCUCCUUCUUCCUCGCCGCGGGCCGCAUGUCCGGCAAGGCGGAUGCCGCCGGCUCGCCCGCGCAGCCCGUCGGCGUGCGGCUGCUGCUCGAGUACGAGGACGGCUCGCCCCUCCUCCCCGAGGCCGCCGCCAGCGCCCUCGUCGGCACCUGUCAGACGGUGGUGCACAAGGGCGGGCCUGCGGACCUGAGGCUGCGGCUGACGGCGAUGUCGUCGUCGCACAGCCGGCGGCGCUUCCGCUUCGCGCUGCUCGGUCAGCCGGCUCCUGCGGAGGGGGCGGGGAGCGCGCCUCUCCUCCGCGCGACGAGCGAGCCGUUCGCGAUGGUCGCGGCGGACUCGCCGAGGGAGGGGCUUGCGCGGGACGUCGUCGCCGCCAUCAAGCAGCCGGGCAACUUCGACUUUCUCUACCACGCAGGCGUGCUGCGGAAGCACGAGGCGCCGCCGUCACUCGCGCCGCCGUCGCUCGCGCCACCGGCUGGGCCGAGCGCGCUCCCCGGCCCGAGUGCGGCCAACGCGCCUCCGCCUCAGCAGCAGAAGGAGGUAGCGCACUUGCUGCAGCAGGUUGGGGCGAGUGCGCUCCCUUCCCUGCCUCAGCAGCCACAGCAGCUGGCGCAGCUGCUGCAGCAGGUGGGCACGCCUCACUCUGCGGCGGUGCAGACUUGA